AUUUGGAUCUGUCCACGAUCGCUGUAAUUUCACUGCAGCGUGCAUCACGACAGGUGGUGUUGGAAGCUAUUCGUACUAUAUGCAGGCUACUGGUUACCUGUCUUGGAAGAUAGCGUUAGCUGCUUAGCUUUGUCUUACUGUAUAUCCGGCUUGAGUCAAAUAAUUCGAAAUAUUUUACCCUUUAGACACCAGUACAGUUUCAGCUUUUUAAAAAUAAAAAUCAAUUUUCUCCCAAUAUGCUGCAGAAAAUUGCUAUUUCAUACUAUUGUAUGUUUUUGUCAGUCACGUGCUGUUGACUGUGCCGAGAUCUCCAGGAGUUCUGUUUUCUACUUAAUUUUACUGUUAUCCAUGGAGUUCAAUUAUUUCAAAUACAUAAUGACUGUCUGUCAUAUGUACACAGACGUUAUAAAGCAUUUUUCCAAGCCUGGCAGAGCAGUAGUCAUGCUGUCAGACUAUGUUGACUGGAUUUGUAUUAACACUGUUCCUAAUUAUUUGUUGCAAAGAACGGAAGAGGUGGAUGGACAUCGAGAGAAUUGUCAUGGAGCAUUCUGAAUUGGCCAAACACACGAAUGGGAGGCAAAGGAAGCCAUUUGUUACCUGUGAUAUGAAAGAGGAGGGCAGCUACCACGUAGAUUUGGAAAUUGAGGAGGAGGCCUUACUGCAGGGCUCUGACAAAGAGGACGGGCGGCCCAAGUUGCCCCAUGGCAUCAGGGCAGAGCUCAGCAAUGUGUCCUUGCUGCUCUUCCUCUAUGUGUUACAGGGAAUACCGUUGGGACUGGCGGGGAGCAUACCCCUGAUCAUGCAGAGCAAGAGUGUCAGUUACAAAGACCAGGCUUACUUCAGCUUUGUCUUCUGGCCGUUCAGCCUGAAGCUGCUUUGGGCGCCCCUAGUGGACGCGCUGUACCUGCGGCAGUUCGGACGUAGGAAGUCCUGGCUGGUCCCGACACAGUACCUCCUGGGCCUCUUCAUGCUCUACCUGUCCGUCACGGUGGACUCGCUUCUGGAGGGGGACGGGCACCGGGGCCCUGACAUCCUCACCAUCACUGCCGUCUUCUUCAUGCUGACGUUCCUGGCGGCCACUCAGGACAUCGCGGUGGACGGAUGGGCCCUGACCAUGCUGUCGCGGGAUAAUGUGGGCUACGCCUCAACCUGCAACUCGGUGGGCCAGACGGCCGGCUACUUCCUGGGAAACGUGCUGUUCCUGGCGCUUGAGUCACCUGACUUCUGCAACAAGUACCUGAGAUUUGAGCCAAAAGCCACUGGUGUUGUUACCCUCUCAGAUUUCAUGUUUUUCUGGGGGAUCGUGUUCCUUGUGUCGACCACGUUGGUGGCCAUCUUGAAGAGGGAGAACUGCAAACAGUCCAAGAAGAAGAGCAGGGAAGAGACACAGGGGGUGGUGGAUACUUACAGGCAACUCUUCUCCAUCAUGAAAAUGCCCUCAGUCUUCACCUUCUGUGGACUGUUGCUCACAGCCAAGAUAGGCUUCUCUGCAGCCGAUUCUGUCACAGGGCUGAAGCUGGUGGAAGCGGGGGUGCCCAAAGAGCAGCUGGCACUGCUGGCAGUGCCUAUGGUGCCCCUUCAGAUCGUGCUGCCCCUCAUCAUUAGCAAGUACACUGCUGGCCCCAGGCCCCUCGACGUUUUCUACAAGGCCUUCCCCUUCAGGUUACUGAUUGGCCUGUCUUACACCCUACUUGUGUGGUGGACCCCCAGUGUAAGACAGGAUGGGGGAUUUCCUGUCUACUACUAUGCUGUGGUUUUGCUUAGCUAUGCUGUGCACCAGGUGACGCUGUACAGCAUGUAUGUGGCCCUAAUGGCCUUCAAUGCCAGAGUAAGUGACCCUGUAAUCGGGGGGACCUACAUGACCCUCCUGAACACGGUGACCAACCUGGGAGGGGUCUGGCCCUCCACACUGGCCCUGUGGCUGGUAGACCCUCUAACAAGCAAGGAGUGCCAGGGGGCAGUUGGGCAGAGCUGUGUCUCCCCUGAAGAGGCAGGACUGUGUUUUCGGGAAGGCGGUAUUUGUGUCACUCUGCUGGAUGGGUACUAUGUGGAAUCGGUGGUGUGUGUUGUGAUCGGUUUCGCCUGGUGGUUCUGGCUGGGGAAGAGAAUGAAGCAUCUGCAGGAGGAGAACCCCUCUGCCUGGCAGUGCCAAACAGUCAGAUGAUCCCUACUCACCCCCCCCCCCCCCGCACACACACCUGUAUUUCUCUCUGCUCUCGCCUCUUUAAAGCUGUUGAUGUUUUGCUACUCAUUGUGUUUUUGUCCAUUUCACACACUUCAUUCAGGCUUUAAUUGUGGGGCCUCCACAGGAGAAAGGGUUACACUAGCUUUGAGUGCCUCUUCUUUACCUCUUCAUCUCCUACUGCAUCACCAAAUGUGAUUCAGUAUAUUUUACAGAAUGUAAAACAAGUUAAAGUAAGGUUGAAACAAAUAUUUUAACUAACACAGGAAGUCAACAACUGUUUUUUUCCAUGAAAACAAAAUUGGAAAUGGCGGAAACACUGGCAAGAUAGAGAUUUGAUCUUGCGUUAUAUUUCUUAUUUAUUUUAUUUAUUUCUUAUUUUGCUUUUUAAAAUUGUUUACUGGGCCUUUUUCCCCUGUCAGUCAUUUUCUGUGCCUUUCAUUCCAAGAAUAUGCACCGUUUUACUGAAUGGGAUUAUCCAUAGUUUAGUUCAGGAAUAUUCUGUUUUUAAGAUAUUUUUAUGACUGUGACAUUGUUGUUUGAAUAUAAUAGGCCUGAAGGGAUGUGGUACACAAUGCAUUUAGCAUUUGAAUAUUUUUAUUUUUUUGUUCAAAUGAAGCUACUUUUGGUGGUUAUAGCAGGAUUUUUAUUUUUAAAUAAUUUACCAAAUAUUCUGUUCAGAUGUAUUUUUUGUUUUAUAAUUGUUUUUAAUUUUUAUUGAUUAUUAUUGCUAUUGUUCAAAAUCAUUAUUGGAUCAGUGGACCAGAGAAGCAAUGAAAUUGGUGUUUUGUGACGGUACUUGUACUAGGGGAAUCCUUUUACAGAGGGACCUCCUCACAAUGUGCCGUGUGUUCCCUCUGUGUCAUGGCAAUGUUCAGGUGGUGUAACAGUUCUAUGGUCUCAGGUUAAUAUUUAGUCAAUCUGGUUUUAUGUGGUCGAUUUGAAGUUGAAUUUCCCUGUCAUGGAAUAUUCAAUGAGGUUUAUGUUUAAUAUGUUGAAGACUGUUGAUUUUAUGUAAUCAUAAUGUCUGAGUUGCAGGAUGACUGCAAAUGUGAUUUGUACAAAAGACUAUACUGUACACAGUUCUGAGGAACAUUUAUAUUCCCAAAAUGUAAAGAUUACGGAGAUUUAAUACAUAUCUUAUAGGAAAUAAAAAAUUGAAUAACCAUUCAAAA